AUGGGGGAGGUGGAGAUUUCCAUCAUGGCGGCUUCCAUUUCGGGCUACACCUUCAGCGCUGUGUGUUUCCACAGCGCCAACAGCAACGCCGACCACGAAGGAUUUUUGCUGGGAGAGGUAAGACAAGAGGAAACGUUUAGCAUCAGUGACUCACAAAUCAGCAACACAGAGUUUCUACAAGUAAUUGAAAUCCAUAACCAUCAACCCUGUUCAAAACUCUUUAGUUUUUAUGAUUAUGCAAGCAAAGUGAAUGAAGAGAGUUUGGACAGAAUUCUUAAAGAUCGGAGGAAGAAAGUCAUCGGAUGGUACAGAUUCCGGAGAAACACCCAGCAGCAGAUGUCCUACAGAGAGCAAGUCAUCCACAAGCAGCUCACCCGCGUCCUCGGCGUGCCAGACCUGGUUUUCCUUCUCUUCAGCUUCAUCUCUACCGCCAACAACUCUACUCAUGCGUUAGAAUAUGUUCUCUUUCGACCAAAUCGCAGGUAUAAUCAAAGGAUAUCACUUGCUAUUCCCAAUCUAGGCAAUACUAGCCAGCAAGAGUACAAAGUGUCUUCAGUGCCAAACACAUCUCAGAGUUAUGCCAAAGUUAUUAAAGAGCAUGGUACUGACUUUUUUGACAAGGAUGGAGUCAUGAAGGACAUCAGGGCAAUUUAUCAGGUUUAUAAUGCACUUCAGGAGAAAGUACAGGCAGUGUGUGCAGAUGUAGAAAAGAGUGAGCGAGUUGUUGAAUCUUGUCAGGCAGAAGUGAACAAAUUGAGAAGACAAAUCACUCAGAAGAAAAAUGAAAAGGAACAAGAAAGAAGACUGCAGCAGGCCCUGUUAAGCAGACAGAUGCCAUCUGAAAGCCUGGAGCCAGCAUUCAGCCCUCGGAUGCCAUAUUCUGGGUUUUCAGCCGAAGGGAGAAGUACUCUAGCAGAUGCCGAGCCCUCUGAUCCUCCACCUCCUUACUCCGAUUUCCACCCAAACAAUCAAGAAAGUACUCUGAGCCAUUCUCGCAUAGAAAGGAGUGUCUUCAUGCCCCGGCCUCAGGCUGUGGGCUCUUCCAACUAUGCUUCCACCAGUGCCGGACUGAAGUUCACUGGAAGUGGAGCAGAUCUUCUUCCUUCCCAGAGUGCAGCUGGAGACAGCGGGGAGGAGACAGAUGACAGUGAUUAUGAAAAUUUGAUUGACCCUGCAGAGUCCCCUCAUAGUGAAUACUCACAUUCAAAGAAUUCACGGCCCACGACACAUCCUGACGAGGACCCCAGGAACACUCAGACCUCCCAGAUUUAAGUAAACAAAUGACACUCUCCACUUGGCACUACUUUUCUUAAUGGCUUAUUGAGUGUUGUUGAGGACUUAAUCUGUGGGGAGACCUGCUUUCUCAGAUGCCGUGGCUCCUGAGUGGAGCAUCCUGUGCAUAGAACUCCCAGAAUCCUCUGUCCACUGGUCCUCACCUCUGGGUACAGUGCACAGGUUCACAACAAAAUCAUUAUGAUAAUCAAAUUGUCCUAAUUCUGGUGCGAUUCAUGGAUGUACUAGUAAAUUUAGGCAGAGUGAAACUCCUCAGUGUAGUCUGUUCUUUAAGAUAAAUCAGAGAUCAGAGACUAAGCACAAUUAGUCUAUAAAUACUCUCUAAGUCAGAAACUUACCUCUGCACUAUCAUGCCUUGAAAUUUGCUUUUUCAAAGGGAAACGAAUUUAGCAGCAGCCUUCAAAGACCUUUCUAUGAUGAGCCAAAUUCAUCUUUGCCAGAAAAGAAAUUUUGUUAAUUCCAAGAAGCCUAAUUGGAACAAGUCAGACAUUCCUUCUCCUGUCUGCAUGGUUUUGUAAGAUGGGAAGAGAGGGCUUUGUUUCAACUUUUUUCUACUAGCCUGAUACGUAUUGUCACUUAAAAUGGUUGCCUUUUUCCAAAUGUAGGAAUACUAAUUCCCAGUGAGUACUCAUCCAGAUCAGUGUCCUGAAGUCAGUUCCUUGUCUUUUGGUACAGCAGCGACUGCUGGGCUGCACCAGCACAGUUGGCCUCUGUUCUGGAGUCUUAGAGGAAGGCCACACACCCGUGGAUGGCAGAAGGGAGAAGCCAGGCUGAGUCUGUAGUGACCAGAUCCCAGACACAGUGGAUUUAACUAAGUUCCUGUGUAAAGGAUGUAGUGUACUUAGGUGUGGCAGGUCCCAGCUAGAGUUGUGGAGGAAAGACAUUUUUAAGAAAAUAUCCAGGAAUCUUGAGGACUGCAGAGAUCCACGUCAAGUAUGAAUAACCAUACUUUUUCUCUUUUCCUAAAGUUGCCAUUUAGGAGAUAACUGCAAAUGUGUGGAGACCAUUGGGAUGCACUUACGCUUUUAUUUAAGUACUGCUUGUUUUCUAGUUUUGCCCAGAAUGUGUGAAACCACUAAAAACCAGUUUUGAGUAUGUUGGGCCACUGAAUUGGAAACGGCAAGACCUACCAUUUAUGGCAAUCAAUCAGCCCAUGAUGCUUGGCACUGAACAGCCUUUCCUUGGACUAGUUAAAACCUGUAAGGAUGUAGACACCAUUAAAAGGCUUAAAAUCUGGUUCCAAACGAUUGAUUUUGUUUUAUAGUGAUAUUUACUCAUGAGCUCCAGCUCCCAGUCUCAGACAGUGGAUACAGGCUUAGAAAUGAGAUGCUGGACUGCCCUGCUUGGGUUGUGCCCCAGGGUCUGCAUUGUAACUGCUGUCCUCGUUUUUCUGGGCUCAAACCACUUCCAUUUGAUUUGGAUGUCGGGGGUCACUUUGUCUGCAGUGCGCUCCAGCCUUUCUCAGCUACCUUACUUACUAGCAGCUUCAGCACGGUCUGAAUCCCAGUUUGUUCAAGUGCCAUCGCCAUCUCCUCUGUUCAGAUUUUGACAUUCAGGAAAAUAUUCUUAUUUUUAUGCCAUACUGAAAUAUACAGUGUAUAUCUGACAAAGCAGUUAAAUGUGACAAUAAAAACUUAUUUAAUCAUG